CGGUGUGACGUCAUAAGGCUGCGCGCACUCCCGCGUCUGUGAUUCGGCUGAAGAAAGAUAAACUGAGGUCCACGGGACGCUUUUAUAAAGAUGGAGUUUAUUAAAGAGGAGAGAGAAGACGUGAAGAUUGAAGAAACAUUCAGAGUCAAACAUGAAGAGACUGAGACACACAAUAUUAUAAAGAUGGAGUUUAUUAAAGAGGAGAGAGCAGACGUGAAGAUUGAAGACACAUUCAGAGUCAAACAUGAAGAGACUGAGACACACAAUAUUAUAAAGAUGGAGUUUAUUAAAGAGGAGAGAGCAGACGUGAAGAUUGAAGAAACAUUCAGAGUCAAACAUGAAGAGACUGAGACACACAAUAUUAUAAAGAUGGAGUUUAUUAAAGAGGAGAGAGAAGAAAUGAAGACUGAAGAAACAUUCAGAGUCAAACAUGAAGAGACUGAGAUACACAAUAUUAUAAAGAUGGAGUUUAUUAAAGAGGAAAGAGAAGACGUGAAGAUUGAAGAAACAUUCAGAGUCAAACAUGAAGAGACUGAGAUACACAAUAUUAUAAAGAUGGAGUUUAUUAAAGAGGAGAGAGAAGAAAUGAAGAUUGAAGAAACAUUCAGAGUCAAACAUGAAGAGACUGAGGAACAAACAGACCUGAUGGCACUGAAAGAGGAGAGUCAAGGACUGAAUGAAACAGAAGAGAAAGAUCAAAAUGAGAAACAUCAUGAUUUCAAAACUGAAGAACAAUCAAUUAGUUGUUCACAGACUGAAAAGACUCAGAAAAUACAAACUAAAACCCUUAAUUACAACAUAAUUCACACUGGAGAGAAAUCUUACACCUGCAAACUGUGUGGAAAGUGUUUUACACAGAAAAAUACCCUUAAUGUCCACAUGAGAAUUCACACUGGAGAGAAACCUUACACCUGCAAAGUGUGUGGAAAGUGUUUUACUCUGAAAAAUCACCUUACUGCCCACAAGAGAAUUCACAGUGAAGAGAAACCAUUCAUAUGCCCUCAGUGUGGAAAGAGAUUUAAACAGAAAAAUACCCUUAAUGUCCACAUGAGAAUUCACACUGGAGAGAAACCUUACACCUGUGAGCUGUGUGGAAAGUGUUUUACACAUAAAAAUACCCUUAAUGGCCACAUGAGAAUUCACACUGGAGAGAAACCUUACACCUGUGAGCUGUGUGAGAAGAGUUUCACACGAAUUGGAGAGCUUAAGAUUCACAAGAGAAUUCACAGUGAAGAGAAACCAUUCAUGUGCCCUCAUUGUGGAAAGAGAUUUAAACAUAUAAAUACCCUUAAUGUCCACAUGAGAAUUCACACUGGAGAGAAACCUUACACCUGCAAAGUGUGUGGAAAGUGUUUUACUCUGAAAAAACACCUUACUGCCCACAAGAGAAUUCACAGUGAAGAGAAACCAUUCAUAUGCCCUCAAUGUGGAAAGCGAUUUAAACAGAAAAAUACCCUUAAUGUCCACAUGAGAAUUCACACAGGAGAGAAACCUUACACCUGUGAGCUGUGUGGAAAGUGUUUUACACAUACAAAUACCCUUAAUGGCCACAUGAGAAUUCACACUGGAGAGAAACCUUACACCUGUGAGCUGUGUGAGAAGAGUUUCACACAAAUUGGAGAGCUUAAGAUUCACAAGAGAAUUCACAGUGAAGAGAAACCAUUCAUAUGCCCUCAUUGUGGAAAGAGAUUUAAACAGAAAAAUACCCUUAAUGUCCACAUGAGAAUUCACACUGGAGAGAAACCUUACACCUGUGAGCUGUGUGGAAAGUGUUUUACACAUAAAAAUACCCUUAAUGGCCACAUGAGAAUUCACACUGGAGAGAAACCUUACACCUGUGAGCUGUGUGAGAAGAGUUUCACACGAAUUGGAGAGCUUAAGAUUCACAAGAGAAUUCACAGUGAAGAGAAACCAUUCAUAUGCCCUCAGUGUGGAAAGAGAUUUAAACAGAAAAAUACCCUUAAUGGCCACAUGAGAAUUCACACUGGAGAGAAACCUUACACCUGUGAGCUGUGUGAGAAGAGUUUCACACAAAUUGGAGAGCUUAAGAUUCACAAGCAUUCACAGUGAAGAGAAACCAUUCAUAUGCCCUCAGUGUGGAAAGAGAUUUAAACAGAAAAAUACCCUUAAUGUCGACAUGAGUAUUCACACUGGAGAGAAACCUUACACCUGCAAAAUUUGUGGAAAGUGUUUUACACAGAAAAUUCACCUUAA